AUGCGACAUUGGUUGGAGGGUCCCCUCAAAAAGUCUAAGAAGAAGGGACAUCUGACUAUUGGUAUCGCUAAUGGCGAAACAUUUAGUAGUCACUGUGAAGAUAAAAUCUUCUCCGAUCUGAAUUUUGAUGUCUUUGACCUUAUCAUCGAUUUUAGCUCUUUCAAGAUGUGCCUUGAUGGUUUGCAGGACUUCAACAAUGCGCGUCCCCUUUAG